UUUAUCAUGAAAUUAUUCCGGUUUGUUUCGACGGUGAGGAACCAUCAGAGGAAACUGCAGCGAGGAGGAUUCACGUGUGGAAGCUCCUCAAGAUCAACGCAGGCAGAGCUGUGAGGAGGCGACGGCUUCGGGAUUUUCACUGCAGUCGACCUAAUUGGCUCUCAGAGUCAGAAACACUGCAGCUGGAUUUCAGAAUAAAAGACUACAAACAGAACUGAAAUGCAGCCGUCAGUCCGGAAGAGACCGAACUCUCUGCACGCUGCAGCUUUCAUGUGCAGCCGGUCGGCCGGCGCCACAGAGACGGAGGCGGUCCCAUCGAAGCCUCGGUUCCACCUGGACCUGUGGCUUGGCUUCACCGUCCAGAACUGGAUCCUGGAUGUUGGCCAGCCUGUUGUCAUGCUUGUCCUCCCAGCAGACUGGUUUCCUUCGAACCGUCCCGGCGCCGCUGACUACCUUCACAUCCUGUACAACAUCACGACUCCACUCGUCCUGCUCAAAAUGCUCCAACGCAGCCCCAGGACUCUGCCCCGAACCGCAGUCCGCCUCGGCAUCAUUGCCGUCGUCGCGGGAACCAGCCUCCACCUGGCGGCGGACUCCAUCACCCGGCGGCUCCUGCUGAUUGGCUACCAGCUGCACCUGUCGGUCAGAGACAAUCCACUUAUGAAGGACCUGAAACCGCCUUCGCUGAUCGACGCCUUCGAGCUUCUGUUCUACUAUGACGACACUAUCGGUCACCUGAUGUGGUAUGUUCCUCUCUUCCUUGUCCUCUUCCUCUUCUUCAGUGGUUGUUUCGCUCACAGGAAACAGGAGGAGACGAUGCCGCCGGCAGGGUGGACGCUACUUGUCCCCAACGCCGCCUACUACUGGUACCUGAUCACUGAGGGACAGACCUUCAUCCUCUUCAUCUUCACCUUCUUCGUCAUGACCGCCACGGUGAUGCGUCAGAGGAGGCGGGGCAUGGUUCCCGACGGCAACGGCCUUUUCAUGCUCUACAGUUUCUCAGCAGCUCUGUUCCUGGUGGCGGUCUGGGUGGUCUGUCUGUGGAACGACGGCGUCCUGAGGAAGAAGCACCCCGGGUUGAUCUACGUCCCGCAGCCUCGUGCCGUCUACACCCUCCACCUCCGGCAGAACGCACAGACAGAAAAUAACUUCCAACAUGUUUAAUCCGACAGGACAGAGGCAGAAUCAGACGCCGUAAUGGAUGUCCGACGGCCGUCCGACUCACAAAUGUUGUAUUGGCAAUUUUAUUUAUGGGUAGUAACUCAGGACCACAGGAAGUAAUAAUAAUGUUUAUUCAGGUUCAUAUUGGAAUCUAAUUUCUAACGUCUAACUUCAGUCUCUCCUCUGCUGUCAAAUAAAGACUCUUAUUUAUUAUUACUACUAUUUAUAUAUAUGAAUUUUAUUUCUUUUUUUAAAAUUGUAAUUAUAGCUGUUAACAGUUACUAUUAUAAUAAUUUUAUCACAGUAA